UUUCUUUCCUCUUUCGUCUUCUCUCUUUUGUUUUUCUCUCGAUUUUCAUUUUUUUUUCUGAGCCAAUUUUCUUCGGUAUCCGUAAUCUCGGAUAUCUCUCAACUCGGGAAUUAAACUCGACCGAGUUGAAAACGGACGACUCAUAAAGAAGCAGAGAGAGAGAGAGAGAGAGAGAGAGAGAGAGAGAGAGAGAAACGGCUUUCUUUGGUGGGUCGUUUCUGAAUCGGAUUUUGAACUUAGAGCUCCGAGCGUUGUCGUUCUGCCAUCUUAAACAAGUUUCUGCUGAUUCAGAUCAAAGCUUCAACCUUUCGAAUCUGCAGAUACACAUAUAUAGCUUCUGAAGCAUAUAUACACACUCAUAUAUAUAUAUAUAUAUCUGUUUUUUCCAUGGGGGAAGCUAAUGAAAGGAGAAGGAGAGCAAUGGAAAAUCUCUCUCUGGAAAUGGAUAAGUAUCCGAGAGAUUUGCUGCAGAGAUUAAUGUGCAGAAGCAACGACGCAACGACGCAGUUGCAAUAUGCAGAGGCUAACGAAGAAGAAGAGUCGGAUGAGCUGGAGUUGAAUCUCGGGCUUUCGUUGGGCGGCCGAUUCGGGGUCGAUAAGAGUGCCAAAAACAAGCUAAUCCGAUCUUCGUCGAUUGCCGGAACGAUGCCGUUUGUGAGGGACGACAACGAAUCGACGGCGCCGUCGUACACGACGGGGCUGAUGAGGACCUCUUCGCUUCCGGCGGAGACGGAGGAGGAGUGGAGGAAGAGGAAGGAGUUGCAGACGCUGAGGCGGUUGGUGGCGAAAAGGAGGAGGUCGGAGAAGCAGAGGAACUCAAAGGCCGAGAAAGAAGGGGGUUCUGUGGAGGAGGAGAAGUGCGAACUUGAGGGCUCAGUUGGGCCCAAUUUGGCGGGUGGUAGGGGUAAUCGGACGGCGGAGCCGCCUUUCGGGUUGCCUAGUUGGGUUGCGGCAGCAGUUGCUAGGCAAGCUGCUAGUGGCAGCGGUGGCGGUGGCGGAGUGGAAAAAAAUGCAUUCACGAAAUUCAAUGGUGAGAUUUUGAGUGGGUUGCAAGGAUUUGGAGGACAACCCAAUUCGCAGGUCUCGGCGGAGUCACAAGGCGGAAGCUCGUCGGGGAUGUCGGAAUUGGAGAGUAAACCUCUUCCAGGAACCAGCAGCUGCGGUGAAGCAAGAAACCCUACACCCGCUAGCAACCAGUCGCUCCAAGAACGAAGUAAUAAUGCCGUUGGCUCUUCAGGCACAGGAACAACAGACGACGCAUCCAGAACUCCCAAACCCGACAUAGAGAGCCCGUCUAGGAAGCCAAAUACGCAAGAAAACAGCAAAAGGGAAACGAGCAGGAACGGGAUGGAGGACAUGCCUUGUGUUUUCACGAAAGGGGACGGCCCAAAUGGUAGAAAGGUUGAGGGAAUUCUGUACCGAUAUGGGAAGGGAGAGGAAGUGAGAAUAAUGUGUAUAUGCCAUGGAAGCUUUCUGUCUCCGGCAGAGUUCGUGAAGCAUGCUGGAGGGAGCGAUGUCACUAACCCACUUAGGCAUAUUGUUGUAAACCCAGCUGCCCCUUCCUUUUUGUAAACAAAAAGGAGAGAGAUUUAAAUUUGAUAUACAUAUUUUUUGUUUGUUUAUUUAUUUUUAUCUUCGGUGAGUUCUAGAUAUGGAAUUUAAAUAAAUUAAUAUCUAUGCAUAACAGCAGUGUGUUGCGUGUUCAUGGUA